GCUUCCGUCUGCACGGCGAAUAGAAAAGGCCAACAAAACAAAAAGAAAGUCCACAAAACUGACUGCAUACCGCGUUGUCUGCUUCGCCGAAAGGCGAAAACCCACCAAAAACCGUCCGAGAGAAGGGCAGGAGAUCGAUCGAUAGAGCCUCCAAACCCUCACGAUUUCCUUCUCCGAGCGCGAUUUUAACAUCUCAUGGCGCGACGUUACGACCCCAACCCGUUCGACGAGGAGGAGGAGACGGUUAAUCCCUUCUCGGAGCCAGCUGUUGGUGGAAAGGCAAAUGGACAAUCUAGUUAUGGUGGAGGUCCAUUCUUUCAAACACCUACAUUUACUCUGCCUCCUACUUCAAAUUCUCGGCUCUCACCUCUUCCACCCGAACCGGUUGACUUCUACAACGACUAUGGUCCAACGAUUGACAUCCCUCUUGAUACUUCAAUGGAUGUGAAGAAAAAGGAGAAGGAACUUCAAGCUAAGGAGGCUGAGCUAAAGAAGAGAGAAAGGGAACUUAAAAGGAGGGAAGAGGCUGCAGCCCGAGCUGGGAUUGUUAUAGAGGAGAAGAAUUGGCCACCAUUUUUCCCCAUUAUUCAUCAUGAUAUUGCAAAUGAGAUACCCAUCUAUGCGCAAAGGAUGCAAUACUUUGCCUUUGCAUCAUUGUUAGGAUUGGUUGGAUGCCUUGUUUGGAAUGUAAUAGCAGUUACAGCAGCUUGGAUAAAGGGGGAAGGUGUAACGAUCUGGUUCCUAGCUAUCAUAUAUUUCAUCGCAGGUUGCCCAGGCGGUUAUUUGUUAUGGUAUCGACCUCUUUACCGUGCCAUGAGGUCCGAAAGUGCUUUGAAGUUUGGAUGGUUCUUUCUGUUUUACUUGGUUCAUAUUGGUUUCUGUAUCUAUUCAGCUGUUGCUCCUCCAAUCCCUUUCAAAGGAAAAUCAUUGACGGGAAUUUUGCCAGCAAUUGAUGUCAUUGGCGACAGUGUUAUAGUCGGGAUCUUCUACUUCAUUGGAUUCGGCUUAUUUUGCCUUGAAUCACUCCUCAGCAUCUGGGUCAUGCAGCAAGUAUUAAUGUACUUCCGAGGAAGUGGAAAGGCUGCAGAGAUGAAGCGCGAGGCAGCACGUGGUGCCAUGCGGGCUGCAUUUUGAUCCUUCCAACACGUUGCGGACAUACAGAUAAUUUGUUUGAGGAAAAGAUAUAACAUUCCACGGUUCACCGUAGAUAUUCCACGCCUAUAGUUCUUCAGGUCAUCUGUUUGAUAGUUUUAGUUGGGUGGAGUUUAACAUAUGUAAACACAGAGAUUUCCUUUUUCGUAAUUAACUGAAAUAGGAUGUUCAGCAUUGUAUUUUGCGAACUAUGUCUGUUUUUGCCCUUUUUUCGGUGGUUUAUGAAUAGACAUUCUAAUAGAUUUAAUUGUAAUCGUUCACACGCAUAUACUCAGAUUUUCUGAAAGCUGGUCUGAUGUACAAUUUGUUGUUUUAUCGGUUAGUUAAACAGUCUGUUAUACAGCAAUCA